AUGACAGCUCCACCACACUUAGAAGAUAAUGUAGAUUCCUUGAAUCAAGGUAGAGGCUUAAGUUACGAAAAUCCUCAAACGACAAAAUUUUGUGAAAAAUUAAAUAUCAUUAAUAUGAAUGAAAUAUUUUAUCAAAAAGCAGGUACCAAAUAUCAAGGUAUACCUUAUUAUAAGCUGUCAGGUCCGAUUCAUGACGCAGUAAAUUCACAAAUAAGUAUAGAGGAUUUAUCAGAUUAA